UUCAUUCAUUUUUUUUGAACAGUUGAAAUGUACCGAUACCGCUCACUCAGCUGAUGUAUUUAGCUUUGUAGAUAACCAUUUACGCAACUAAAGGAGAACAAAGUUCGUUCUAAUAUUUAAAAGAUAUAGAAUAAUGAAUCGAUGAUCACUCUGUUCGCCCGCUGAAGUGUUUCCAGUGUCGCAGAGAUCUGUGCUCCAAACCAAACCUGUACCUUUGUCAACGCUAGCUAUUUGCAGAUCAUGCAAAUUAUUCGUUGCUCUGAUUUAAGGAUGUUUAACAUCUGUUUUAAGAUUUAUAGUGAAUAAUUGUGAUUGCUUUGCUAAAUGGUUUUUCAAUCACCGAUUGCUUUGAAGUUGAACAUAGUGCAGUGUAGGUCAACUAUUUACUGCUAGUUGGCUAGCAAAAACAUUGUCUUUACAAACAUGGAAUAUCAAGAAACUGCAAAUACAGUUGCCGAUCGCCUUCUUAGCUAUAGCAAAGAUCCAUCUGGAUGGAAAGUCUGUAAAAAAUCGAAUGAUGUUGCUGUUUAUUGGCGGCCAUCAACAGAAUUUCCUGGGAAUGUGUACAAAGGUGAGGGUGUCAUUAAUGCUUGCCCAGAGAAGGUGUGGGAGUGCUUGAAACCAGAGCCCAAUGGCCUUCGUGUCAAGUGGGACAGCAAUGUCAAGAGGUUUGAGCUGCUUGAACAAGUCACUGAGGAUGUCUCUGUCUGCAGAACUGUUACUCCUUCAGCAGCUAUGGGUAUUAUAUCACCACGAGACUUUGUAGAUGUUAUUUUAGUUAAGCAAUACGAAGAUGGCACCAUAACUUCAAAUGCCACCCACGUAGGACACCCUGGCUGUCCUCCUCAGGCUGGCUAUGUCAGGGGCUUUAAUCAUCCAUGUGGGUGCUUCUGCGCUCCCAUCCCCGGGGAACCAGGCAAAACCCAGCUCUUGAGCUUCUUCCAGACAGAUCUGGGAGGCUUUCUUCCACGCUCUGUCGUGGACUCCUUUUUCCCGUCCAGUAUGACUGAGUUCUACAGCAACCUCACGAAAGUGGUCAAGUCUCUGAAAUAGCACAAGUAACUGCCAUCCGUGAGGGAAAGCUGUCCACCCAACUGUCAGCCAGAGAUUAGGAGACUUUUUAAUGGUGCAAGCCUGAGAAUAUUUCCUAAAACAAGGUUUUAUUGUGUCUAGUAAGGGAAAAUAAUUUUGUUUUCACCAAGUCAGUAUAAGAGCAAAUGUUACCUCUGACUUUGUACUAACCUAUACACAUUGACAAAUGUUAGCAAAAUGAUGUACUGUAAAGCAUGAAAUGUUGUUUUUUAUUAUUAUUAUUAUUAUUAUCGAGAAUCUGGACCAGAACGGGAUAUGAUUAAUUUUCUUAGAUAAUUUUAACUGCACAAACUACACGAUCCUUUACAUUUCUUGUGUAUAAUGAAAUCCAUUCCUUUUUUAUAGAUAAUGAUUCAUAUAUGUUGCAGGUAAUGAUUCCUAUAUGAGGCAUGCUCAUACAGUCUACACAGGUUAUAUAAAGUGGGGGCUUAGCUCCACAAAACUUAAAAAAAAAAAGAAAUCCUCAUAUUUAUCUGUUUGUUUCUGAAUAUGAACGGCAUGAUUCACACUACAUCCUUAUUGGUUCUUGUUUACAUUUCAGAAAUUAUUGACAUAAUUAUGAAAGAAUAGGAAAGGGAAAAGGGAGCAUAGUCGUAAACAUUCUCCAUGUUAUUUGGAAUUCUACUGUAUGGCCAGUCAUGUUGUUUGGCGUGUAACUAGACCCAUCUGCUGAGUGUGACCUCUGCCAUUUACACUGUGAUCAUUGGUUUUUACGUAAGGGAGCAUGACUGUCUGACCUAGUCUGUGUGUGUCUGCACCAAUCAAUGUUGUGUACUGUAUCGUCAGUGAUAUGCAUGACCUCAAACACAGUUGCUCAAACACGGAAGAGCCAUAUGUUCAGAUGAUGGGUGUUAGCCUAGCCUAGCAAUCCAUCAAUAUUCUGUUACUGCCUGCUUUUUUUAUAGUUGCUUUCUGUUGGGAUUACUGUACCAUGGCCUUGUUUUUGUGCCAAAAAAAUGAUAUUUGUGUUGUUAGAGGUUCUGUCUCAGUUUGUCUGUGGUCAGUCACCACAUAAUGUCCUCAGUGAUUAUAAGUUAAUACUUAUUAUCCAAUAGUCAUUGGUUUGGUAGGUUUGCUAUUUCAGUAUGUGUUGAAUGCUGUGUUUGAUUCCUCCACAUUGAAAUCGGUUGCUGCUAUGGAAAGUGACUUACAUGUACUGUUUGUUAACUCGCUGGUACCUGAAAGAAACCAUCAAUUCACCUCUAUAAAUCACUCCUGAGAUUUUUGUAUUUCACCAGCAUCAAUAAUAAAAACAAAACUGUACUAUCCACCAAGA